CCUUGGAGCACACUUUUUAUGAAGAAUGCUGACUCUUAUGCUGAAGCAAUGCUAUUCCAUCAUCUCACCUGGGGAGGAACUAAAGCAAGUGGUUGCCUGAAAAAGCUGCUCUUAAAAGCAAUGUCUCCAGAAGAUUAUACCUUCAUCAGUCGAAGCCAUGUCUGCCAUCGUCUCUCGAUGUCUGCAACAGUUCUUCUCCAAUGAACCCUCCAACCUCCCACCCAACUGAAGUGGCAUCCCAAUCUAAAAGCAAAAUUGUUCUCCCUUGCUCUUCUUUCGCCACCUCCACGCCCAAAUCCAAGCCCGCAAAGACCCAAUUCAUAGUAAUUUCUGAGACGCCCCAAAUUUUACAGAAUAAUGAAAACAUUAACCCUGAAAAUGGCCUACAGGAUGAUUCUUGUUUGACUUCUCCCAACCCUCAAUCAGAAACAUCAGCUUUCUCAACAAGUUUCAGAAGUAUAGAGUCUAUUUUGGGUUUAAAGACUCCGAGAUUCACGAAAAUAUCUGAGAUGACCCAAAUUUUACCGAAUAAUGGAAAUGUAAACUCUAAAAAUAUCUCACUGAAAAAUUCUUCUUCUACUUCUCCCAACCUUCAACCUGAAAUAUCAGCUCCCUCAACAAGUCUCAACGGUAAAAACUCCAACUUGGAGUUUCAGACUUCAAACCGCACUUCUGUUCCUAGUAAUGGGUCCGGCUUUAAAAGAAUUGCCUUAUCAUCGGAAAGCGUUCUUGCCCAUUCUUCUGACAAUUCCAACCGUAACGGUGACAGUCUUUUAGCCCAUCCUUCUAACAAUUCCACUCGUAACGGUGACAGUCUUUUUGCCCAUUCCUCUAACAAUUCAACCAGUGUUGGUGACAGUCCUUUUGCCCAUUCAUCUAUCAAUUUAACUCAUGCUGGUGGCACCCCCUUGGUUCUACCCUCUAACAAUUCAACUCCUGCUCGUACUGAUUGGGUAACUGCUCUCCUGAAUGAGACUCGAGAAGGACAGUUGAUACUGUCGUGGUUCGAAAAGACCGGAAGUCUCUCCAUGACGAAAAGGAGCAAAUUGGUUAAAAAAAUAAUGGAAGAAGAAUUGGAGAAGGACCCUUCAAAGUCAGUUCAGCCUGAAAGAUUCGAGGAAAUUGCAUCAGCUAUCUGUAAAAUUUUUCCGACAGAGGAAAAGAGCACUUAUUAUACUGCAUACUUUCGAGAUGCCAGUGGAAAAGCUCACAAUGCCCGAGGCAAGCUUUAUGACAAGUAUAAAAAGUUACGCACUGACUUCCGAGCUGAAGGUCUAAUCAUGGGAAGAUGCUUCUCUAAGAAAAAUGAGGAGUCCACAAAUUCUGAGGACAACAAUGAACUUGCUGUAAAUCCAGAGAUUGAAACGGCGGAUGCAUGGCUUCAAAGUAAUACAGAGCCUCAGGAAACGGUCGUCAAGUUUAUUCAAAUUUCUUGCAGUUACCGAUUAGCUAAAUUUCAGAAAACACCCGGAAAGGAAAUCUAUAACUAUUUGGCCCUUUACCCUUCACUUAGUCAACCCAAUGGAUAUAUAUUAAUUGACCACGAUUUUGAUAUUGUUCACCCUGGAAAAGGAAACUUGUUAUUCCAGAAAUGGGAUUUUCUGCGGGAAUCAAUUAUUAACUUUGCGAAGAGACAGUGUUUUCGGAAGGACUUCAUGCUCACUCUGAAAUCCUUUAACAUUGAUCUCGACUGUUUUA